AUGGCUGAAAGAGGUGCUACAGGCUCAGGUAAGGUAAUUACCGCCAGCCAAUUGCUUGUUUCAUUACUCCCGGAUUCAUCUACGCUACUUCCGGAUAAAUUAUCAUCUAUUACAAACAAAGACAUUCCAUCCAGUUCUCUACUCUUGGAUAGUCCAGAAGAUGACAACUUAUGGUUUAAAUAUCUUAAGAUUACAAAAACGCCGGAACUUUUUGAAGAUGCUUGCGUAAUGUAUCCAAAGUAUUGGAAGGUCCAUCACAGACAUGCUUUGUACUAUAUAUUUAACGAGGAUACCCGUAAGGCGUAUGAAAUAUACAACGAAGCAUUCAAAAGUGUUAAUGACUACGACCUGCAAUUGAAAUACCUUAUUUUCCUCUACCAUACAGCGUCCAUUCAUGAAUACAUCGCAUCAGUAAUAUCUGCUGUCGAUACUGUGGGAAUGGAUUAUCGAUCGGAUCUCCUGUGGAGAGAAUUGGUCAUAAUUGUCGUUAAGAUUUAUAACUGCAAUCUUUUAUCACAUGGCAUGACAACUGGAUUGUUACCUGACCUUUUUUCGGCAGAUGCUCUUUCAACUUCUGUGCCGUUAAUACCAAGUGAUGCUGAACAGAUGGUAUUUAGGGGAGUGAAUACCCUGAGCGGUGGAAACAAAACAUAUAUUCAGCUUUAUGGAGAAAUAAAUUAUCUUAGGAAGUUGUUCCAGAGAUGGCUUCAUACACCCACAAAUAAUAUGCGCACAUUGUGGGAUGCAUAUUCUACCUUUGAAAAUUCAGCCAGCUCAACAUCUGUAUUAUCAACGAAAAUCCUCGGAGAUAUGAAAACAGUUAUCAACUUAUCAAUGAGAACAUAUGAGAAAAUAAGUGAGUUGUACUCCAAAGUUUAUCCCAUAAAACCAGCCUCCAUGGAAAGCAGUAAACCUGGUGGUUCAUUUAAUGUUGCUGAUAAUAUUAAAUACUGGUUGGAUAUUAUAAAGUAUGAGGAAACAAACCCUAUGGAGACCACACAGGAUAUAAUUACAGAAAGAGUAUUGUUUACAUUUGAAAGAGCUCUUGUUCCUCUAGUUUUUUGCAGCGAAAUGUGGUAUAACUACUUUCAAUUUUUACUAUUCAUAGAACAGAAGGACAAAGCUAUAACUACUUUGCGUUUGGCUUUGGAGAAAUACUUAAAAGACGAUGACAAGCUGAGAUUUGUAUUGGCUUCAUUUCUUGAAGAAGUUGGUGACAAUGAGUCCGCCGCUCUGGAAUUUGGAUUGUUAGUUUCCCCGGGUUUAAAAACUUCCGGAAUGGAUGAAAACCUUAAAACUGAGCUUCAAUUACGCCAGUUACUCGAAUGCAAAAGUUAUCUAAAGGGCGGAGAUUCUAUAUCAGACGGAAUCAUUCACUAUUUGAACUUUGUACGACGUGAAAGGGGUAUGAACGCAUGGAGGGAGGAAAUACAAAUUCUUUUUACGCGAUCAGAAAUCAAAUCUUGGGAGAUAUAUUGGUAUGCUGCAAACACGGAAUUGAGGUGUUUUGAUGAUAAAGAUAGAGCAGUUUCUAUAUUAAGGCAAGGCCAAAGUAAAAUGACAUUUAACCUGAAAUAUACUCUUUUAUAUUUGAAUACAAUGCUCAAUAUCGGAAAGAUGAAUGAUGUGAGGAUGCUAUUAUGUGAACUGAUAAUAGAAGAAACUGCAGAUGGUGAAAAUAAAUCAAAACUCACUAUGUCAGAUAAGAAUGCAUUGUGGAAUUUUUGGUUACACAUGGAGCACUAUUUUGGAACAACUGAGCAAUUUGAUAAUGUUAAGGCUCUUUAUAUAUCUUCAAAACUAUCCUCCGAAGUAUCGCUAGAUACUUUUACAGAAAAGUCACGCAAGUCAAUGCAAAAUUCAUUUUAUCAGGUAUUUUCCGAUGUCGGAGAAGUAUUUAUAAAAAAGAACAUGGGUUCGUCCAAACGUAAAGCUGUGACCGAACUUAACUCUAUUAUUGAAUCUCGUAAGAAACUGUUUUGUGCUGGUGUAAGCUUUGCUGAUCUUGACAAUAUAUUCUUUUUCAAAAGUAAAUCUGGAAAAUCUGGCGAGGUCACUGAAGGAACUACAACCACGAGCAUUAUGGAAACAAUGCAACCCACAGAAGUUAUUCCUUCAAACGAGACGCAAGAUGCCAAAAGAAAUUACAGUCUAAAGAUAGCAAGGCCGAAUAUUUCACGUUUAUCUCCGGUUGAUCCUACUUUGACAACGUCUUUGGAGGCACUAGUGCAGCUACAUGGUACUAAAAGACCACUUCUUCCCCCUAAAUCUAGGGCACUUGAUGCAUCUGGAACUCCUUCCAAGGCGUUAUUUGACUUUUUGAGGAUACUUCCUUCAGGAAGGGAUGAAGGGGCCACGUUCGCAAACUUAUAUGUAACCUCUGAAAGUGUUGAAUAUCUACUCAAGACUCUAGAUGCCAUGAAUCUUGACUCAAUCGAUUUACAGGAUUAUGUUCCUAUUCCAUAUAACCAAAUUGUCUCCAUGAAAUCUGUCUUGAAUCAAUUAUCAAGUACUAAUGAUACAUCAUUCGAAUUUAAUCAAGGAUUAUUUAAUAUACUCAGGUUCCUCGAGGAACAUACAAAUAUUGAUGAUAAAGAUUCUUGUGAACCAGACACAAAGAAACAAAAAAUCGCAAUAUAA